AUGGACGUCAACAACGUCGAGCAUGAGCAAGUAACGGAUGAAAUUGAUCCAAUAUGGACAACAAGUCGAACGGCUCGGCAGAUAUACGCCCUGGGCGAAGUAGAGAAGGACAUUUCGCGACUCCUUGCGCUCGCGGCGUCGUGCAUAUCGUUGUUGACCUUGCCACAGACCGAUGGCCCUGAUGACAACCUCCCACAGGGAGAAGAGCGCUCCGAGCAAUUCGUGCUCGAAGUCAGCGAAUACUUCGAACGGCUGGACUCCAUCCAGGUCGCACUUCGUUCAUCGCUUGCGCACAUCAAGCACUCACGCAUAGCGCCAUCGGCUAUCAAUGCUCCACCGCCUGGGUUCGUCCCUCCGUCACUUGGGGUAGGUUUGCCCUCUGUCGAUGAAUCAUCCAAGAAGCCUCGUGGGCUCCAGGAGGAGAGAAUUGAAACAUAUGCGUGGAAAGGGGUGCUCGAUGCGCUAACUCGCAUCAAGGCCGCAAGGAACGAGAGACCUAGCGCAACCCACGCUGCACAGACUUCGGACACUCAAAGAAAAUAG